CCCCACAUUUCGAAUUCGAACAACCUCUUCCUUCCCCCCAUCUCUCUCUCUUUGCCCCCCUUCGCUCUCCCUCUCCUCCUCCCCACCCCAAUCGAAGCUUCCAGAGCCUACGCGGGGACGCAGGGGUGCGUGCGGGACAGGAGGGGACGGAGGCAUGGCGGAGCCGCCGAGGGUGUCGUUCCGCGACGGCCGCCUCGCGUCGAGGAAGGCGGAGGAGGCUGCAUGGAGGCGGCACCAGGCUGCAGCCUGGCUCGAGAGCAUGGUUGGGCCCAUUGGCCUAUCCCCUUGCCCGUCAGAGCAAGAAUUUGUUGCUGCUCUAAGGAAUGGCAUUGUCCUAUGCAAGGCCAUCAACAAAAUAAAGCCAGGUGUUGUGCCAAAGGUUGUUGCAUAUGCCCCCUGCGACAGCCAGCCAUCGACGGCUUUUCAGUAUUUCGAGAACAUCCGCAACUUCUUGGUUGCUGUUCAGGAGCUGAAGUUGCCAUGUUUUGAGGCCUCUGAUUUGGAAAAGGAUAAUCUUGAUGUUGCCUCUGUGGGAAAAAUUGUCGAUUGUGUCAAUUCUUUGAAGUCUUACUACGAGCGGCAUGGAGCCAACGGGCCAUUCAAGAACAUGAAAUCACCUCUUGCACUGCGUUCUGUCGGUCAUCUUCAGUCUGAAAAUGUUGCUUUGGGAUCUUCUACCCCCCAAAAGCGUCUAGACUUGACACAGACUAUUGAUGCUGAGGGACAAUCAUUUCAAAACGUUAGUCCUAACAUGGAAGAGGCAAUCGAAAAACUUCAGAGGAUUAUUCUUGAUUGCAUGAUAGGCUGCAAGGAAAAUUUGGACCAAGAUGUCUUGAGAAAGAAUCCGGUAGCGCUAGUUGGAAAGAUUUUAUCAAAUCAGCUGGAAAAGGAACAGUUCAAACCACUUCUUCAACUAUUUUCUCCAGAAGAUUCUACAAUAAAAAAUGAACAAACUCAGCAUAUUCAGUGUUCAAAUUUGCAGAUCGAGAAUAGAAUGCGCCUCUUGGAAGCACAUGAAUCUGAAUUUCUGGAGCUCAAGACAAUGUUUCAAGAGGUUAAAGUUGAUUUCAGGUCUUUGCAGACCCAAUUUCAAGAUGACAUCACUGAAUUAGGUCUCAAUAUCAGAGGUCUUUCCAAAGCUGCUCUUGGUUAUAACCAAGCUGUGAAAGAAAAUAGAAACCUAUAUAACAUGCUUCAAGAAGUGCGAGGAAAUAUCCGGGUCUUCUGCCGGAUAAGACCACUUAUAAACUCGGAGUCUAUUUCGUCAAUUGAAUAUAUUGGAAAUGAUGGUUCGAUAAUGGUUUGUGAUCCGUUUAAGCCACAAACUACACAGAGGGUCUUCCAGUUCAACAAAACAUUUGGGCCAACAACCACUCAAGAUGAGAUUUACAUGGAGACACAAUCUUUGAUUAGAUCUGUCAUGGAUGGUUAUAACGUGUGCAUAUUUGCUUAUGGGCAGACAGGUUCCGGCAAAACUCAUACGAUGUGUGGCCCGUCUGGUGAUUCAUCAUCUAAUGAUCUGGGAAUUAAUUACAUGGCGCUGAAUGAUCUCUUCACUAUUUCAACCUCUAGGGAAGAUGUAAAGUAUGAUAUACGAAUCCAGAUGGUUGAAAUAUACAAUGAGCAAGUUCGUGAUCUCCUAAGCGAAGAUACUUCAAGCACAAAAAUAGAUAUAAGGACUUCAAGCAAUGGUCUGUUCAACCUCCCCGAUGCAAAGAUGUGCGCCGUGCAGUCUCCUUCUGAUGUUAUGAAUUUGAUGCUGUUGGGGGAAAAUCACCGUGCUUCUAGUACAACAGCAAUGAACAAUAGAAGCAGUCGAUCUCAUAGUAUCUUGACUGUCCAUGUAAACGGGAAGGAUAUGUCUGGCAAUGUAAGCUGCAGCUGUUUGCAUUUGGUAGAUCUUGCAGGAAGUGAAAGGGUUGACAGGUCAGAAGCCACAGGGGACAGAUUGAAAGAAGCUCAGCAUAUUAACAAGUCACUUUCUUGCCUAGGAGAUGUCAUCACUGCCUUAGCUCAGAAGAAUUCUCACAUUCCUUACAGAAAUAGCAAACUUACCCAAUUGCUACGGAGUUCGUUAGGGGGAAAUGCAAAGACUUUAAUGUUAGCCCACAUAAGUCCGGAGGGAGAAUCUUAUGUAGAAACUCUUAGCACACUUAAAUUUGCUCAAAGAGCUUCUACUGUUGAACUCGGAACUGCUCAUGCAAACAAAGAAAGCAAUGAUAUAAGAGAGCUUAAAGAGCAGGUAGACACUCUCAAAAAGGCAUUGGCAGCCAAAGAAUUGGAAAAAUCAUCACUUAAACUGAAGGAAAAUACGGUAAUGAGUGAGAGAAUAAAGCUACUCCCAGAGCGUACCCCGCCAAGGCCGCGUAGAUUAAGCCUUGAGAAUGUUAGUAGUGGUAAAGGCAGCAUAGCAGGAAAGGCACCAAAAUCACCUAUUUCAAUGAUGAAGUUCAACAGAGACCAUGGGGCAUCUCAUGACAAGGAAUGCAGCACUGAUGGCUUCAGUCGCACAAAGUACCACAGAUCAGUAAUACAGGUGUCCCCGACAUUAUCUGAAGGGCUGGCUAGAGAGAAGAAUGAGAAGAUAAUUACAACAGAUGAUGUGGUUACCUUUCAUCAACUACCCCCUGAUGCUUAUAAUCAGUCCAAGCAGUCAGGUUUGGAUUCUCUCCAAAGAACACCAUGUGGACCAAGGUACAUGAGCGUGGAAACAAGCCAAACAUGUGAACCUUCUGAUGCCAAAUUGGAUAAACCCACCACAAGCAAUGUGACGAAGAAAGGAUCGCAUUUAAGAAGGUCCAUUCAGAGCAGCAUAGGGAAACUGAUUCAUGGCUCUGAAAGAAGGAAUUCUCCGCAUUCAGUACAAGCAACUCCUGCUAAAACCACUACCCAGACAAACUAUGAUGGCCCAUCUCCAGUUACUGCUAAUGCAAGGUUAAUGAGAAGACAAUCAUUAACAGGUCUCCCACCACCAUCGUCUCGCAGAACCUCUUUAGGAGGAAAGUCAGAUUUGAGUGUACAAAAUAGCCAAAUCAUUGCAUGUGCUGCCAGCGAGUACAAGCCACUGCCAUUCUCCUGGGUUCGAUGGCCUGACCAACAUCAAUGUUCAAGUGACAAAAGAGCCAAAACACCACCUCCAAUGAAUUCAGGGGCAAAGGCAAAGAGGUGGCUGUAAAUCGGAAGCAAAAAUUAUCAGGGGCUUCCAUCUCAAGCAGCGCAUACAAGUCUAUGCCAUAGCUGACCAGUCAGAUUUAGCUUCUAUCGAGUCUUGGUGCUAAAAGGAACACCUGGAGAGGGUUCUCAAUGUUCAGAGAACCCCUGAAGGUUAAGGCAGGGUUACAUUCCUUGUAACAACUGAAACUUCUUGAAUUAUUUUUUUAGUAGAGAAAUUUCCUGAGUUUAGGAAGCAAGUAAAAGUAACUAAGCUGCAGUAUGUUGCUAGACUCCUUAGCGGGAAAGCAAUGCAAAUGGUUCAACUUGGCAGCAAAGUUUCAAAUUUGGUAUGGCUGUCCAAAUGGUGUAUUUUAAUGGGUACUUAUGGAAUGUUUUAAAACUGUGCAGUUGUCUUCUUUC